AGGCCCGUCUGGAUGACUCCCGAUUUUUGGACUGGACUCCGGGAUUACUGGCAUCAGCCCGAGGUUGAGGCUGUUUCAAAUCGAGCACGUGCCAACCGGAUGUCCGAGCCCGAUGGGGAGGGUACAGGGAUCAGUAGGCACGUGGGCGGGUCCCAGUCGACUCGUAUCCUGCAGCAGUAUAUGAGCUUGGAUCCUGGUACUCCCCAGGAUGCACCGAACUAUGCCACCUUCCUCCGCCUCCACACGUACGCCGACGGAAGUUAUACGUCGGAGAGAGAUGCUAGAAUUGACGCCGAGGUUCAUCGACUGGCCGCUGCCACAGGACGACAGGAGCGGCUAGACGAGGUGUAUUUGGAGGUGGUGCAAAUUGAUAGGUCACGGAUCUACGGCGUCGGGAGUGCCGGGCAGAGUCAGGCUAGUAGGGGGUCUAUCCGCAGCACGGGCAGUUCUGCGGUGUCUCAGCAGCUUUAUGAGACACGGAUCUCCACGCUGGAGGAGCAAUUGGUCGCAGAGCAAGCACAACGCCAACAGAUGGAGGACCGCAUGGCUCAAUUGGAGGCGUUUAUGAGGAUGUAUAAUGCUCAGCCACCUCCAGGGCCUGAUGCCGAUGAUGAUGAUGAUGAUGCUUAGAAUUAUUAAAACUAUAUAUUUAUGUUUUCAAACAAAAUUACAUUUGCACUUUCUUUUCAAAUUUAUGUUUUAUUGAACUAUAUAUUUCAAGUGCUUUAAUUAUUAAAACUAUAUAUGUUUUAUAUAUUUAAGGCAAUGAUGAUGAUGAUUGCAUUUAACAUAAACAAAUAAAUUCAAAUCACAUUAUAAUAACCAAAUUAAAAC